AUGUUGGCUUUAUUUUUAAUUUCAGAAACAGGCCAAGAUCCUGUUGAAGAGUGUGCUGAUUUGGAAGAUAGGUUCUAUAACAAUGAUUCAUUCAAGCAUGGAGCUCAAGCAGAUGCUAACCCUUUUGCUGCAGAAACACAGAUGGAAGCUCAUGCAAGUGAAGAUGUAAAAGCUCCUGCAGAAGAGAAAGUGACUGAUAAUGUUCAAGAGGAAACUUCAACCAAUGUGAUCACAAAUGAGGAAAAUAUUUCUGAUGCUGCUACAAAGAUUCAAGCUGGAUUUAAAGGAUACAAAGUUCGAAAAGAAAUGAAAGAACGCAAGAUGAAAUCAAAUGCAGCCACUAAGAUUCAGGCUGGUUUUCGAGGCCAUCAAACCCGUAAAAAGCUCAAGACAAUGAAGGAAGGGGAUGAUCAAGCAAGUCAUCCACAGCCAUUGCACCAACAACAUGAACAGAUGCACCGUAACCAACAACAUAUUCAUCACAUUCAUAUGCCUAAUCUCAGCACUCACCAGCCACUGAAUCCUCUAGACGAGAACAAUAAAAAGAGCCGUGGCACUGAUAUACACAGGGCAGCCACAAAGAUCCAGGCUCAGUUCCGUGGGUUCCGUGCUCGUCAGCAAAUGAAAGUAAUGAAAGUUAAGGCCAAGGCUGAGAAAGCCCUUCCCUCUGUUGAUCCUGAAGAUCCUCGAGUGCAUGAAGCUGCUACCAAAAUUCAAGCUAUGAUUCGAGGCCGCAAAGCUCGCAAGGAAAUCAAAGUUCUGAGGCUACAGAACAAAUAUGGCCAUGGCAGACAUCACGGACAUGGACAGGCUCACCACACUAAAUCUUCAAAGUCUCAUAACAAGGACAUAAACAGGGUAGGCCAGCAUGAACCCUGA